ACGGCGACGCGCGGGCGGCGGUGACGGCGACGGCGACGGCACAGCCGCCGAGACGAUAGGAGGAGCGCUCGCCAGAAAAGCGCAACCCAAGACGCGAUUCCGAAUUCCCUCACUUUUUUAUUAUUCUAUUUAUUUUUCCGCCAUCAAACCAACCACCGCCCCAAAAAAAUUUUCUGAUCCCACCACCACCACCACGGCUACGGCCACGCCGCCGCCGGUGGAGAUGGCCGCGCUCCGCCUCCCCGCUCCCCCGCCGCGGACGUCAUCGCGCGCCUCCACGCGGUGGCUCCGCUCCUUCUCCUCCCGCCGCCGGCCGCCGCCCUCGCCCCGUCGGCGGGUCUCGGCGCGGAGCGGCGCGCCGGAGGGGGAUGCGCCACCGGUGAGGACGCUCCUGAUCGACAACUACGACAGCUACACCUACAACGUCUUCCAGGAGCUCUCCGUCGUCAACGGCGUGCCGCCGGUGGUGGUGCGCAACGACGAGUGGACGUGGAGGGACGUGUACAGGUGGGUGUACAAGGAGAGGGCCUUCGACAACAUCGUCAUCUCGCCUGGCCCGGGAUCUCCGGCCUGUCCUAGCGACAUAGGUGUAUGCCUGCGAAUACUUUGCGAGUGUGGAGACAUACCCAUCCUGGGUGUCUGCCUUGGUCACCAGGCCCUGGGAUUUGUCCAUGGUGCUAAAAUUGUUCAUGCUCCUGAAGCUAUACAUGGGCGGCUUAGUGAACUUGAACACAAUGGAUGCUACCUCUUUAAUCAUAUCCCAUCAGGUAUAAACUCUGGAUUCAAGGUAGUGCGCUAUCACUCACUUGUAAUAGAACCAGACUCUCUAUCUGAGGAUCUUAUAUCAAUUGCAUGGACUGCUUCGCCAAAAAUGCUCUCCUUCCUUGAAAGUGAUAAGCCUGAUAUAACUAGCAGUAACUUAUGGGGAUCACUGGAUAACUUAUUCAUAACAAACCAGUCAGAGUUCAGGGAGUGUGGUAACAAUACAAGUGAGCCAGAUGGCUGUAGGGUUCUCAUGGGCAUCAUGCACUCUACCAGGCCUCAUUAUGGUGUGCAGUUUCAUCCCGAGAGUGUUGCUACUCAUUAUGGAAGACAGAUAUUUCAGAAUUUCAAGAAGAUAACUACUGAAGUUGGAUUACAGACACAAUUGCUUCAGGAAAAAAAGGUUCACGGCAUUGGUAAACUGGAAAGAUCCCAAAUCAAUUCUGCAGAUCUCAGGAGCUUUGUUGCAACUGACUUGUUACAUGCUGAAAGGCUCAAACUUUGGGAUUCUUUUGGGCCUUGUGUUCUUUCAAAGCAAAACACUGGGGGCAAAUGCUUACAGUUGCGAUGGAAGAAGUUUGAUAAAUUCCUCAACCGCUUAGGUGGCUCUGAAAACAUUUUUUCAGUGCUCUUUGGCCACAAGAAUGCUGAAGAUACAUUUUGGUUGGAUAGCUCAUCAGUUGAUCAGAAUAGGGCACGUUUUUCGUUCAUGGGUGGCAAGGGCGGGCCUCUUUGGAAGCAAAUGACAUUUCACCUCUCCAAUCAACGAGUCAAUUGUGGAGGAAACCUUACUAUUCGAGAUGCUCAUGGGCAUACUGUCAGAAGUUUUCUCAAGGGUGGUUUCUUGGAUUUCCUUGACAAGGAGAUGCAAUCCAUUCAAUAUAAUGAAAAAGAUUAUGAAGGCCUUCCGUUUGACUUCCAUGGUGGAUUUGUUGGCUAUAUAGGGUAUGGUCUUAAAGUUGAAUGUGAUGCAUCAUCUAAUAAUGCAAAAUCAAGCACGCCUGAUGCAUGCUUCUUCUUUGCUGAUAACCUAGUUGUGAUUGAUCACAACAAUGGGGAUGUGUAUCUUUUAUCACUGCAUGAUGAAUAUUCUUCUUGUAAUGGAGAUGGAAAUUGCCAAAACUCAGCACACAGUUCAUGGUUAGCAAAUACUGAGAAAAAGCUUCUCAGGAUGGAUGCUAUGGCCCCAAGAUUAUCGAUCAAUGGAAACUCAUCGAUCAAUGGGAACUCAUUUACUAGAUCAUCCAAUGUGAAUAAGCAAAGAUUUGUCAUUGAGAAAUCAAAAGAUGAAUAUAUCAGAGAUGUGCAGAGUUGCCUGGAUUACAUAAGAGAUGGAGAAAGCUAUGAAUUGUGCUUAACUACUCAGAUGAAAAAGAGAACGGACUAUAUGAAUGCUUUGCAACUCUACCUGAAAUUGAGAAAACAAAAUCCAGCCCCUUAUGCAGCCUGGCUUAACUUCUCCUCAGAAAACCUAAGCAUAUGUUGCUCUUCUCCUGAAAGGUUUCUGCGGCUAGAUCAAAAUGCAGUUCUAGAGGCAAAACCGAUCAAAGGUACUAUAGCACGUGGCAGAACACCAGAGGAAGAUGAAUGCCUACGUUUGCAGCUGAAAUAUAGUGAAAAAGAUCAAGCUGAGAACUUGAUGAUUGUUGACCUCCUAAGAAAUGAUCUUGGUAAGGUUUGUGAAGCUGGGAGCGUGCAUGUUCCUCGUCUCAUGGACGUGGAAUCAUAUAAAACUGUACAUACCAUGGUGAGUACCAUUCGUGGAACCAAGAUGUCCAACCUAAGCCCUGUCGAUUGUGUGAAGGCUGCCUUUCCAGGAGGUUCGAUGACGGGUGCCCCAAAAGUUAGAUCCAUGGAGAUUCUUGAUUCACUUGAAACUAGUCCAAGAGGAAUAUACUCGGGUUCAAUUGGAUUCUUUUCGUAUAACAAGACUUUUGAUUUGAAUAUUGUGAUCAGAACGGUUGUCUUGCAUGAUGGAGAAGCUUCGAUUGGGGCAGGUGGGGCUAUUGUAGCAUUGUCAGAUCCAGAAUCAGAGUACAAUGAGAUGCUGCUUAAAGCAAAAACUCCUACAAAAGUGGUUGAAGAGUGCAGUCAACAAGUGUACAAUCCGGAUCGUUCAGAUUCAAUGCAGACAACUUUAAGUUAGAAUGGAGGGCGAAAAGAAGCAUUUUUCUUCUUAUGGAAACACAACCAGCAUCAAAAGGUUUGGUAUACAAUCACCAUCAGUUCGAUCUGACAAAUUUGAUCUCUACUGUUGGUGGACACAUUAAUGGCUAAACUACAAGAAGCCACAUCAUACCUGUUCUACAAUUGAAAACUUGUAAAAAUAACAGGAGUUUUUACUGAAAGAAAAUUGCCUAUGCCAAGGUGGUUAAAAGCAUGUUGGAGCUAAAUUCAUGGUGUCAUAUACAGUUUAGUGUUAGUUUAGGUUACUGCUGACAUGCUUUAUCCAGAAAGCAACAGUGCACAUGAUUCUAUUUAUUGAUUGAUUCCCCCAUGUGGUGAUUGCACUGUGUAAUAGCAAUAAUAAACAGAUAAAAGAAACCCAUACUGAAAUGUAUUCCAUAGCAGAUUCAUAUAUGUUUGAAUGUAUUGGCAAAAAUUGCACAGGCCCAACCUGAGUAUUUUUUUUCCCUGUGAUGAUUACCCCAUCUUUGCUCUUGACGUUUGAGCACAAAGAUGAUUGUUUGAUAA